AUGUCGCUGUCCCUGUCCAGCAUCCCUGUAGUGCUGAAGGACAAGAGCCACCAAGCCGGCAUGCUGAAGGGCAGUCCUGCCAGAGGCUUCUACCCUGCCCCUCUCCCCGGCCCCCAUCACUACAUGGACUUCUUCCCGCGGACGCACAGCCUCCUCCACCCUCUCAAGUCCCUCGGUCGUCUGGUGUCGGACACUCAUGCUUCCCUGCAGCUCAGCCUGCACGGUGGAGCCCCUCAGUUCUUCGGCCAGGGCGGUCACCACGCCUCGGUCCUGCACGAACACAUGUUGGGCGCAUCCGGUUUCCCUUAUCUGAGCCAGAUGUUGCCCGGACACCCUGUAUACACCAAACCCGAGGAGCUGGCUGCAGUGGUGACGGAGCACGCAGCCGGUCCGCUGUCUUCGGACUUCAACAGCCCGUCCAGUGAAAGGUCCUCCUGUGCCUCCUCCUCAUCCACCUCUCCACCCAAGCAGACUUUGUUUCGCUCCCAGGGUUCAGACGUGACACCAGAAAAAACGCGCACAUGUUAUAACUUCAGCGAGGAUGACUUGUUCAUGGUGCUGUACGGUUACUCCAGCAGCCAGGAGGGCAGCGUGGGCCACGCUAUAUCAGGAUUGGCCGUGCCUGAAAAGCCAGUUUCUGACAGUCACAUCCUCCCACUGGACAAAGAAGCUCUUGAACUUCCAGAAGGGUUAACCCUUCUCCGGGCAACCUGGGGAAACGUCUCCCAUUGUGGAGUUUUCACAGACAAAUGCAGCAUUCCUAAAGCGACACGCUUCGGACCUUUCCAUGGAAAACUGGUCAACACGAGCGAGAUUAAAACAUACGACGAUAACACUCUGAUGUGGGAGGUGUUUGAGAACGGCCGGUUGAGUCAUUUUGUGGAUGGAAGAGGAGGAUCAGGGAACUGGAUGUCCUUGGUAAAGUGUGCUCGUUUCCCAGAGGAACAGAACCUGAUUGCUGUGCAGGUCCAGGGUCAGAUCUUCUAUGAGGCCUGCAAGGAGAUCAGGCCAGGCCAGGAGCUGCUGGUAUGGUAUGGAGACUGCUACAUGCAGUUUCUCGGCAUCCCACUCACCCUGAAAGACUCCAGAGAAAACAGCAGCGUGGUUCCUGCUUCUGAAGACAAUGGUGAGGGCUUCAAGUGUGACAGAUGCGGGAAGGUGUUUGCGUACAAAUACUACAGAGACAAGCAUUUGAAAUACACACGCUGCGUGGACCAGGGCGACAGGAAGUUUCCCUGUCACCUCUGCAACAGAUCCUUUGAGAAGAGAGACAGAUUAAGGAUCCACAUCUUACAUGUUCACGAGAAACACAGGCCUCACAAGUGCUCGGUGUGUGGAAAGAGUUUUUCCCAGUCAUCCAGCCUAAACAAACACAUGCGUGUUCACUCCGGAGAGCGGCCAUACAAGUGUGUCUACUGCAAUAAGGCCUUCACUGCCUCCAGUAUCUUGCGCACACACAUCCGCCAGCACUCCGGAGAGCGGCCCUUCAAGUGCAAGCACUGCGGAAAGGCCUUCGCUUCCCACGCUGCGCACGACAGCCACGUCCGGCGAACCCACGCCAAAGACAAGCCCUUAACCUGCGACCUGUGCGGGGCUUCUUUUCCAGAGGAACAGGCCCUGAAAUAUCACAUCAAAAGUCAUAAAAAAAGGGAACCAUUGGACAGCGCAGUUCUCCCGUCUUCUCCAGGGAGUGGAGCAUUGGAUGACUCCGUGUUUCCAGUGAAGGACAAUCAAAAAAUACAGAAAAACACCGGACAAAACUUCCCUUACACCGGGUUAACAGCUUUAAAUCCGGAAUAUCGGCCCUGGAACUAA